UUUAAUUAAUAAUUUCAGAGAGGGAUACGUGAAGAUUUUUAUUUACAAAAAAUAAAAAAGAUGGGUGGACAUGGACAUGAACCUCCAUACAAAGUGCCAAGCUACCAGGAGUUCACCAUCAAGGGUAUCCCUCAACUAGAAGAACUUGAGAAAGCACUAGAAAAAAAGGGCCUCCGUGAUCCAUGGAUCAGGAAUGAAGCGUGGCGCUACCACCCCGGGUUCGGCACGAAGUGGGCUCGCGCGCGCGCCGUGUUCUUCCGCGGCGCGCCGCUCGGGCUGGGGCUGGCCCUGCUCACCGUCGCCGCCACUAAGGCGCUCGGCGGCAAGGACGACCACGACCACCACUGACGUGUUAUUUAAUGUAUCAUAAUUGUUAUCUUUGAUUGCUAUAUUACUAUUGGCUAGGGUAUAGAAAUAAAAACACUAGAAACCCAAUCUA